UAUAUAAUAAUAUUUGAUUAAAUAUAAUAAUAGUUUGUUAUAAUAAUUAAUAUGAAUUACUGUGACGAUGUGUUUAUUUUAUAAUUUUAUUUUUCACUCUUUUUGUGCCAUUCUCUCAAUCAUUUGUUAUUAAGGACAGUUUGUUAAUCAAUGAUGUAUCUGACUAUGAGCUGGUGCCAAUUCGUUACAAAAGACAAAUUAUUAAUGAAUUAAUAAUUCAAACAAAAAUAAAUGGAAAAGAUCAUGAAAUUUAUUUGCAACUUACGGAAGGUUUGCUUGCAGGUAGAGGGACGAAAAUUUUUAUUGCUAGAACAAAUGCCCAAAAUAUUGUGAAUUUUGAAAUUUUACCAAAUGUGAUGGACAAUGUCUUUUUAAAAUUUUAUCAAAAUCCAAAAACGUUAUCAUCUAUAUCACUGAGUGUUAAUAAAGAUGGUAAAUUCGAAUUUAAUGGAAUCAUUAAUGACAACAUAGUGAUUAGUCCCAUACCCCAUAAUUUUCGUAAACGUCGCGAUUUAUUGAGAAGAAAUUUUUCAUUCUUUGAAAAUGAUGCCGAAGAUUUUAUAAAUUCUGACGAACACAUAAUUUAUAAACAAACGUUUAAUAAUGCCUCCCAACAUUCAAUAUCUAAGAUUUUUGAUGAUAAAAUGGAAAUUAAGAGUGUAUUCCGUAGAUCAAUAACAGAGAUUCCAAACAUAGUUUAUCCGGAAAUUAUGGUUUUUAUUGACGACGUGCUUUUUAAAAAAUUUAAUUUUGAUGUGGUAAAAGCUGUAGAAUAUACUUUGGGUUUCUGGAAUGGAGUUGAUUUAAGAUACAGAGAAUUUGAAAAACCAAAAGUUCGCCUCUACGUUGCCGGCAUAGUAUUAGCUCAAGAACCACUGCCAUUUGUAAAUAAAGCAAUCGACUUACUUCCUAAAGGAGAGAUAUAUUCAGAUCUAUUAAUUAAUGGAUUUACUAGAUUUUUACAUGAGGAAAAAUUUAUUCAACCAAUCAAAGAUUAUGAUAUAUCCAUGUUUAUAACAGGAAGAGAUAUGUUGGAUUCAACAACUCGUAAUAAAAAUUUAACUGGUUAUGCCUAUAGAGCUGGAGUAUGUCGAAGUGACAUUACAAAUAAAUACACUUCUUCUGGUAUAAUUGAAGACAGUAAUGGAUAUGAUGGUAUUCUUGCUGCUGCUCAUGAAUUAGCUCAUAUCCUAGGUGCACCACAUGAUGAGGAAGAUUCGAAAAAUUUUGCAUACAAUACUAAGCAUUGUCUCAAAAAUGAAAGUCACAUUAUGAGUUCCUAUCGUUAUAGUAAUAAUGAAAACAAAAUUUUAUUUUCUUCUUGUUCAAAAAAAAUUAUUGGAAUUGUUUUAAGUCUAGAUUUUGCAAAAUGCAUUCGAAAUAAUCCGGCAGAAUAUAAAAAUAAUAAACCACUAUCAAGAAUAUUACCUGGUCAAAUAAUGUCAUUAGAUGAACAAUGCAAAAAUCUUGGAUAUAUAAGAUGUAAAGAUGAAAGAACAACUUGUUUAGACUUAUAUUGUGUAGAGAAAGAAAAUAUGACACAUACAAUUUCGGUUUCAUCAUAUACUCCUCCGGCAGAAGGAUCUUCUUGUGCUGAUGAAAAGCAUUGCUUAUCUGGAGAUUGUGUAGAUAUUAUUAACAGUUUGUUGUAAAAGAGAAAUUCUCCAACAAUAUCUAAAGAGUCAACACUACAAAGAAGAGAAAUAAUUUAACCAAACAAAGAAAAACAUUGAAAUUAGAUUAAUAUGUAUAUAUUUUAUUUGUAAUGUAGUAAAAAG